AUGCAGACCACUAAUGGCGGCAGCGGAGGUGUGGUCGUGUGCCUUGGCGUAGGCGGUCUGGUUGAUCUGGGAGAGAUUCUUGCGCUGAGCAACCCCGAAGACGAAAUGGAGGACAUGGGCGGCGUGGAGAUCUGGGUGUUUGACGCGCGACGGCCGUGGAACCUGGGAAACGUGUUCGGCGGACAGGCUGGUAUGGGCCAGGCAAUGGCGGAAAUCGAUGCCAAUGCGCGACGGCGAGACCGCGGUGUGGACAAAGGUUGCAUCACUCCUGCUUAUACGUCAAAGAAUGGCGGCAUUGUCGUGUAUGAUGACGGUGACAUCGAGGAGGAGCUCCGCAAUGAGCGGGAGGCAUAUUACGCGUUAUUAGAGAUGCCCGAUGUGGACGACGAUGACGAUGCCAGUGACGAUGAUGCCGAAGACGAUGCGCACACAGGGUCCAAGAAGCGUAAAUCCUGGUCAGGUCGCGAGGAUGAUGAAGACUCCGAUGGCGAUGAGCCACCCCACCAACGGAGGAGAAGUAAUUCGGGUUCCUCUAUUGCCUCGUCUCCGACCCGUCGAAGAAAGACGGGUCUCAAUUCUUCGAACUCGUCGCGAUCUGCGACUCCGACCACUGACUCGCCAUCACCAGAAGAAACAAAGCAACCAUCGGCACGAUCUUUGAAGAAACGUUUGCUUAAUCUCAAGAGAAGACACGACUCAGUCCUGCAAAAUUACUACUCCUCUGGAACGUCAUAUUCCGAACCCAUUUCGUCUUUAAUUUACUCGCUGGCAUCCGAGCUCGGACGAGAUGAUAACGACCUGCUAUGGCUCGCGAUUGUCGGUGUUUCUAGCUUGGAGCUCAGCGGUCGAACAAUGACCGGAGUGGGAAUUUCCAACACAUCAGAAUCGGGAGGUUCCGCGGGUUGGGGUGGACAACGUGGUGAACACAUCCGCCAAAUACUUCGCGAUGAAGUGCACCGUUUAAAUCCACCCGAUCCUUUAGAGCGAGAUCGUGAUAUCCGAGGAGAGAUCAACGGUGUCAUUCCAACAACCGCUCGAUCACCAACUGAUACGUCAAUUCGCCUUUCCCCAGAGCCUCGGUUUCUUCUUGUCCGACAUUGGUCAUUGUACGAAAGUAUGCUACACAGUCCCUACCUCGCUCCACGACUGCAUGUCUGGACAGAAAAUGGCCGCAAACGACUACACAAACUUCUGGCCAAGAUGGGCAUUAGUCUGACCCAAUGUCACCAAUACUAUACCCACAUGGACAUGGAGUUGAAGCGCGUGUUACGGUCACGUUUGCUCAAGUACGCCCCUAUGUAUGGCCUAGAUGGCCUUGUGCCCGCAGAGGGUGCUGGAAGUGCCAGUGCUCGUGAAGGCUGGGGCUUCGUACGUUGCUGGGGCUGGAAGGCGUGCCUGUCUGCCACGGACGUGGGUGUUAUCGUGGGUGCAAUGCUAGAGGUCGGGCCGCAUGAGGCUUCCCCUUCUUGGGACUCCAGGCAUCUUCCUCGAACCCGUGGAAACGACGAUACCGAGAGCGGCGUAGCCUCGGCUGAAUCCGAUCUAACAAGCCUUCUUCCACGGUUCUGGAGCGCCUACGACGCCCUUUCAUUAACAUCCGAGUCGCCCACACUUCUCCUUGAAUCUUUGCCACUGGCUCAGCAUCUACACCGUGCCAUCCUUCGCACUGGUACCUCCUUGCUCUCCAAGCAUCAAAUCCGCCACCUUCGCGCAUUCCGUAUUGCCGUGGUUAAAGAUGGACCUGACGUCAAGCUGUUUACCAAUCCCGGAGCCUUGACAAAAUUGGCCCUAUGGAUAGCUGAGGCCAUUCGGGUCCAAGAGAAAGAACGUGGUGAUUCCGUUAAGAUCGGUCGCAAGCGAGCAGCCGGGACACCUCUUGUCCUCGCUGGCCUCGAUGAAGACCGCGAUCUAUAUGUGGUUGUCGGCACUGGUGGAGGUGGUGGCGUUGUGGACUUCGCGGCCAUGUCUAAACGUCGAGAUGAACGAAAGAAGAAGAAGGAAGCCAAGGACAAGAAGCAGAAGGAGAAGGCGGACCGUCGGUCCAAGCGCGCAGCUGAGCGUGCCGAGAAAGAAGACGGCAGCGACGCCGAGGAAGAAGAAUCAGAAGAGUCUGAAUCCUCAUCGGAAUCCGAGUCUGAAGACGAAGAAGAUCCCCGCGGCAAGAAGCAUCUCCUUCGCAACAGAUUCGGAAUUGCCUUCCAAGAGGUAGUCCAGGAGACCAAUGCCCGUGUUCGCAUUGACAGCUUCGAACACUGCGUUGUCGAGGUUCAGAAGGAUGAUCUCGGCGGCUUCCUCGAGGCACUGAGUUUCCGCAGCGUGGUGGGCUAA